AUGAAUGGUGGUCUUGGAAUAGUCUUAGAAGAGACAGAAGAUAAAGAUCACGAUAAUCUAUUACAUCAUCUUCACCAUCACCAUCAACAUCAGCAUCAUCUGACAAUCCUAUCUAAUACUGAGAUCAACUCAUUACAUUCAAGUUAUACCAACAUCGUUAAUUUAAACUCAUCACCCUUACCAUCAUCUCCUAUAUUUACAACCACAAGUGGCACGAGCACUGCCACCGAGAAUAAAAGCAGUAUCAUGUCAUCUCCAAAGCUUAACAACAGCAUCAGUAGUUCAGAUAUUCCUAUAUCCAUCAUGGCAUCAGCCAUGGUAGCCGAGAAAGAAAUGAAAUUUGCUGAAGAAUUACAACGAGAAGAAGAUCAAAAACAACAAACACUGAAAGAUGAUAUUUCAUCCAAUAUAGAAGGAGAAUCCUUAUUACCUCCUUUACCUACAGCACCAGAAGAUUUAAUAAACAAUGAAAGAAUACCUUCAGUUGUUCUGGAUGAUAAUCAUUCCUCAUCGCAUUCAAGAAGUUCUACUAUAGAUUCAAAAGAUGAUUUCAAUCAAAUUUUUAUACCAAAUACAUCAAAUUUUUCAAAUUAUGUAUUUGAUUCUUUGGAUCAUCAAAACCCUCCACAAGAUUUCCCCAUAUUAACUGCAAACUUGAUGAAUUCAGCACAGUCAUCUAUGAAUUCCAAUAACAACAUCAGUAACAACAACAACAACAAUACAAACUCAUCAACAGCAACUAAUAACUCAAAUAACAAUUCAUCCUCAAGUAGUUCUCCUUUAAGAAAAUUAAGAAGUCUCAAGAACGGUAUUCGGAAACUAUCACUUUCUACCCAUAGCAACAACAAUAGUAUAACCUCAUCAACAACUCCAAGUACCACACCAACUUCAGCAACCCCUGCAACAUCAAGAUUAAGUUCUGUCAAUAUCCCCAAUUUGGCACCUUCCACUCCAGUUGAGAAUACCGGGAAACAUUCCCAUUCUAGUUCAACAUCUUCCAAUUCGUCAUUUUCUCAAUCAUCAUCAAAAAAUAAUAGAAUAAGAGGGUUAAGUCAUAGUACAACAGCAACUCCACCUUUGGCUUCACCAGUUAUAACAAUUAGUGAGAAUUUAUCAAAUAGUAAACGUACCCUUAAUAAUAUUGAACAAAAUUAUUUCGAUUCAUUAAAUCAAAAAUAUGAAAUUCAUUCAAUUGAAGAAUUAACUAAUAUUGAUGAUUUAUUAAAUUAUUCCAAUUUCUUAAAUCAACAGAAAAGUUCAUUAGAUGAUGUAUUUAAAUUAGCAAAACAACGAUUGGUUGAUAGUGGUUGGUGUUCAGAACAUGAUUUAAAUAAUUUACAACUUCAACAUGAUUCUUCUCGUUGUCAAAUUGAUACAUUAUUAUUAAAAAUUGAAGAGAAAUUAAAUCGAGAAUAUUCCAUUUCAUUAUUAGGUAAUAGAAUUAUAUCUAAUAACAAUACUACUCCUGCUGGAAAAUUAACUACUCCCUCCUCAUCAGCGGGUUCAAUUCCAACUAGUCGUUCUAUUCAAUUGGAUGAGAAAUCCUUGGGAAUUAGUCCAAGCUUAAAAGUUUUAGAAAGUCGUUGUUUGGCAUUUCCCGAGUUUUGA